AUGUUGCAUUCGCAGAGAGAUCCUAAAGAGCAGAUGGUUUUGAUUAGACUGGAGUGUGGGACUUUGAUUGGUAUGUUUAUGAUGCAGUUGUGUGUGUUGGUUCUGACUUGUGCUGUUCAUAAUUGUUGGGUUAGAGAGUAUGAAGGGUUGGAAGCCGUGGAGAUGAAGAGGAGAUGGAAGAUUGCUAGAGUUCAGGAGGAAUCACUGGCUAAUGCAACUAAACUUGGAGAGAUUAAAGAGACAGAAUUUGAUGAGAAGAUGAAGAACAAGUAUGGCAAGUGGGUGAAAACAGAUUUUGAAGGCUAG